AUGUCGGAGAAGUCAGGCCAGAGCACAAAAGCAAAGGAUGGGAAAAAGUAUGCAACACUCAGUUUAUUUAAUACUUACAAGGGUAAAUCAUUAGAAACUCAGAAAACCACAGCUCGACAUGGAUUACAGAGUCUUGGGAAAGUUGGUAUUUCACGGCGUAUGCCCCCACCUGCUAAUCUCCCAAGUCUCAAAGCAGAAAACAAAGGCAAUGAUCCUAAUGUGAAUAUUGUACCUAAAGAUGGCACAGGAUGGGCAUCAAAACAAGAACAGCAUGAAGAAGAAAAAACACCAGAAGUACCACCAGCACAGCCAAAACCUGGGGUUGCAGCUCCCCCAGAAGUAGCACCUGCUCCCAAAUCAUGGGCCAGUAACAAGCAAGGUGGGCAAGGAGAUGGAAUCCAGGUAAAUAGUCAUUUUCAGCAAGAAUUUCCCAGCCUACAAGCAGCUGGGGAUCAGGAAAAAAAAGAAAAAGAAGCAAAUGAUGACAACUAUGGACCUGGACCUAGUUUACGCCCCCCAAAUGUUGCUUGUUGGAGAGAUGGUGGUAAGUCUGCUGGAUCACCUUCUCCAUCUGAACAAGAUGAAAAGCCCCCUGGCCAGGAUGACAGCACGGCUGGAACAUCAGAGCAAAAUGAUAUCCUGAAAGUGGUGGAAAAGAGAAUAGCUUGUGGUCCUCCACAGGCCAAACUGAAUGGACAGCAACCUGCCCUUGCUUCCCAAUAUAGAGCUAUGAUGCCUUCUUAUAUGUUUCAGCAGUAUCCAAGAAUGGCAUAUCCUCCUCCUGUACAUGGUCCAAUGAGGUUCCCACCUUCUUUAUCUGAAACAAACAAAGGUCUUCGAGGAAGAGGUCCACCUCCUUCAUGGGCUUCUGAGCCUGAACGUCCCUCUAUCCUUAGUGCAUCAGAACUCAAGGAGCUUGAUAAAUUUGAUAACUUAGAUGCUGAAGCUGAUGAAGGUUGGGCAGGUGCUCAGAUGGAAGUGGAUUAUACGGAACAGUUGAAUUUUAGUGAUGAUGAUGAACAAGGAAGUAGUAGUCCUAAAGAAAACAGCAGUGAGGAUCAAGGUUCAAAAUCCUCUGAAAACACUGAGAACCGAAAAGAAGCAGAUGACGUUAACAGCACUAAAUCAUCUUCUCAAAUACCUGUCCAGCCAUCAGUAGCAAAAAGUCCCUAUGGGAAAGGACCUCCAUUUAAUCAGGAACGGGGACCAUCUUCUCAUCUGCCACCACCUCCAAAGUUGCUUGCACAGCAGCAUCCACCUCCUCCAGAAAGACAGACAGUACCUGGAAGAGCAGUCCCUUUUCCCCCUAAGCAGCAAGUACCUGACGAAGAUGAAAUUUGGAAGCAAAGACGGAGACAACAGUCAGAAGUUUCUGCAGCAGUGGAACGUGCUCGUAAACGGCGUGAAGAGGAAGAGCGGAGAAUGGAAGAACAAAGGAAGGCAGCUUGUGCAGAGAAACUGAAACGAUUAAAUGAGAAGCUUGGCAUUGUGGAAAAACAGCCAUCUCCAGAGGAAAUUAGGGAAAGAGAGCGUGAAAAAGAACGGGAGCGUGAGAAAGAACUCGAAAAAGAACAAGAACGGGAGAGAGAGAAGGAGAAGGAAAGAGAGAGGGAGAGGCAACAUGAAAAGGAGAAAGAGCUGGAGAAGGAACAGGAAAGCCAAAGAGAAAUGGAAAAAGAAAGAAAGCAAGAAAAAGAGAAAGAACUGGAACAGCAGCAGGAGAAAGAAAAAGAACUACAAAAGACAAGAGAACAGGAGAAGGAAUGUGAGCUAGAACAAAAGGAAAGGGAAAAAGUAGAGGAAAAAGUUGAGCCCAAAGAACCUGCUUUAGAGCCUGUGGUAGAAAAACAAGAAAAUGAAAACAACUGUACUAAAGAGGAUGAGCCAGUUUUCAGUAGACAAGACAAUAAUCGCAGUGAAAAAGAAACCACACAGUUGGCUCACGAAACAGAACCAGAAUCAGGGUCUCAACCUCGGCCUGCUGUAUUAUCUGGCUAUUUCAAACAGUUUCAAAAGUCUUUACCCCCACGAUUCCAGCGGCAACAGGAACAAAUGAAACAGCAGCAGUGGCAGCAGCAGCAACAGCAAGGUGUACUUCCACAAACUGUUUCUUCACAACCAUCCAGUGGUACAGUCCCUCCUCCACCACCACACAGACCUCUUUACCAGCCUAUGCAGCCUCAUCCUCAGCAUUUGGCUUCUAUGGGUUUUGAUCCAAGGUGGCUCAUGAUGCAGUCAUAUAUGGAUCCUCGCAUGAUGUCAGGAAGACCUCCUAUGGAUAUUCCACCCAUUCAUCCUGGAAUGAUUCCUCCUAAGCCAUUAAUGAGAAGAGACCAGAUGGAAGGGUCACCAAGCAGUUCUGAGUCAUUUGAGCAUAUAGCUCGAUCUACAAGAGACCAUGCCAUUUCCCUCUCUGAGCCUCGUAUGAUGUGGGGGUCAGAUCCCUAUCCUCAUGGUGAGCCUCAGCAGGCAACUACUCCCAAGAUAACAGAAGAACCUGAGGAUGUAAGGCCUGAAGCCUCUUUGGAACAAGAACAGAUUACGGCUGUUUAUACUGGAGAACAUAGUCAACUGGAGUCCCAUCCAAAAGCAGAAUUUCUCAGAGAAUCAAGCGAGACAGAAGCACAGAAGUUUCUAAGCAGAUCUGUGGAAGACAUUAGACCUCACCAUCCUGACACAAACAAUCUGUCUACUUGUUUUGAAGUAUCUGAUCAAAAGACUAUACCUGCUUCUCAAGAGGAGCGGAUUUCAGCUGCAGAAAGUCAGCCUGUUCGGAAAAGAAGUGUUUCCCAUGGAUCUAACCAUACUCAAAAAUCAGAGGAGCAAAGAAAUGAGCCAUUUGCAAGCAUUCCUAAAGUAACUAACAGAUGCAUUGAUUCAAAAGAACCAGCAGAAAGACCAGAGGAAAAACCAAAAAAGGAUGGCUUCAUACGAUCUUCUGAAGGACCAAAACCUGAAAAACUGUAUAAAUCCAAAUCUGAAACUCGUUGGGGCCCAAGACCAAACUCCAACAGACGAGAAGAAGGUAAUGAUAGGCCUGUGAGAAGAUCAGGUCCCAUUAAAAAACCUAUACUUAGAGAUAUGAAAGAGGAACGGGAGCAAAGGAAGGAGAAAGAGGGAGAAAAGACCACAGAAAAAGUUGUGAAACCUGAAAAGACAGAAAAGAAGGAUCCUCUUCCUCCACCCCCAGCACCAAUCCAACAACAGUCAGUUCCACCACCACCUCAACCAGAACUAGAGAAACCUUCAACAGAAACUUCAGCUUUGGUUCAAAAGCCAUGUCAAGAUACUGAGAAGCCCUUGGAACCUCCAAAUAGUGUUCAAGUAGAGCCUUCAGUUAAAACUGUAAACCAACAAACUAUCUCAGCACCAACAGUCAAAGAAGAGAAACAACCUGAGAAAAUCAUCACUAAAGACCUUGUUUUAGAAAGGCCUAGACCAGAUUCAAGACCAACAGUUAAAAAAGAGUCAAUUUUACAAACUCCUCGCACCUACUGGAAAGAAGCUAGAGACAGAGAUUGGUUUCCAGAUCAAGGAUACAGAGGUCGAGGCCGAGGUGAAUAUUACUCCAGGGGUCGGAGCUAUAGAGGCUCUUACGGAGGGCGUGGCCGAGGUGGUCGAGGGCACACUAGAGAUUAUCCUCAGUAUAGAGACACUAAGCCAAGAACAGAGCAUGUGCCCUCUGGGCCUCUCAGGCAGCGAGAAGAAAGUGAAACACGAAGUGAGAGCUCUGAUUUUGAAGUUGUCCCUAAAAGAAGAAGACAGCGAGGUUCAGAAACUGACACAGACAGUGAAAUUCAUGAAAGUGCAAGUGACAAGGAUAGUUUAAGCAAAGGUAAACUCCCCAAAAGAGAGGAACGAUCUGAAAACAAAAAACCUAUAAAGCCUCAAUCUUCUUUCAAGCCUGAAAAUCAUGUCCGAAUAGAUAAUAGACCACUUGAAAAACCUUUUAUGAGGGACGAUGAUAAAUCUAAACCAGGCUUCCUUCCUAAAGGAGAGCCAACUAGGCGAGGCAGAGGUGGAACAUUCAGACGUGGUGGAAGGGAUCCUGGAGGUCGCCCAUCACGCCCCCCCACCUUACGAAGGCCUACCUAUAGGGACAAUCAAUGGAACCCAAGGCAGACAGAAGCUCCUAAACCAGAAGAUGGAGAGCCACCCAGAAGACAUGAGCAAUUUAUUCCAAUAUCAGCAGAUAAACGGCCUCCAAAAUUUGAGCGAAAAUUUGACCCAGCUAGGGAGAGACCACGAAGGCAACGCCCUACUCGACCACCAAGGCAAGAUAAGCCACCUCGGUUUAGACGACUAAGAGAGAGGGAGGCUGCUUCUAAAACAAAUGAGGUGACAUUGCCUACAAAUGGCGCAGUUAACAACAUGGUUCAAGAACCAGUCAGUACUGCUGGGGAUGUUUCUGGGAAUAAGACACCAGACUUAUCUAAUCAAAACUCUUCAGAUCAGGCAAAUGAAGAAUGGGAAACAGCUUCUGAAAGCAGUGAUUUCAAUGAGAGGCGGGAGAGGGAUGAAAAAAAAAAUGCUGAUUUGAAUGCACAAACAGCUGUAAAAGGUGGAGAGAAUGUUUUACCUCCAAAGAGGGAAAUAGCAAAGAGAAGUUUUUCUAGUCAGCGACCUGGAGUAGAUCGCCAGAAUCGGCGCAGCAACAAUGGCCCACCCAAAUCAGGAAGGAAUUUCUCAGGUCCUAGGAAUGAAAGAAGAAGUGGCCCGCCAUCAAAAAGUGGGAAGAGAGGACCAUUUGAUGACCAAUCUACAGGCACAAGUGGUGUUGACCCUGUCAAUGGCAGCUCUGCACAUCACCAGGAGGGAGCACCUAAUGGUACAGGACAGAAGAACUCCAAAGAUAAUACUGGGAAAAAAAGAGAAGAUCCCAAACCAGGUCCCAAAAAACCCAAAGAGAAAGUAGAUGCUCUCUCACAGUUUGAUCUCAACAAUUAUGCAAGUGUGGUUAUAAUUGAUGAUCAUCCUGAAGUAACAGUAGUUGAAGAUCCCCAGUCAAAUUUGAAUGAUGAUGGAUUUACUGAAGUGGUGUCCAAAAAACAACAAAAACGUUUACAGGAUGAAGAACGCCGAAAGAAGGAAGAACAAAUCAUACAGGUCUGGAACAAAAAGAAUGCAAACGAAAAAGGAAGAAGUCAGGCAUCUAAGCUUCCUCCGAGAUUUGCCAAAAAACAGACUGCAGGGACCCAACAAGCACCAUCUUCAGCCUUGGCUCCAGCUAUCACCUCGGUUACAGUUCUAGCUUCUGCCUCAGCUACAGUUCCAGGUUCAACCUCAGUCCUAGUUCCAGCCUCAAACUCAGCUCCAAUUCUAGCAUCAACCUUGGCUUCAGUUCUGCCAUCGACCUCAGCUCCAGUUCUAGCCUCAUCCUCUACUUCAGUUCCAAUCUCGACCUCAGCUCCAGUUCUAGCCUCCACCUCAGCCACAGGCACAGCCUCUUCCUCAGUUCCAGCCCCAACCCCAGUCCCAGUCCCAGUCUCAGUCCCAAUUCCAGCCCCAACCCCCAUCCUUGCCUCAGUCUCAGUCCCAGCCUCAGUCCCCAUACUUGCUUCAGCCCCAGCCUCAAUUCCCAUCCUUGCUUCAGCCUUAGCACCAGCUUCAACUCCAACUCCAGCCACAACAGUAUCAGCCCCAACUGCCUCAACAGUCCCUGCUUCACCUGCCCCAGCUUCAGGUCCACCUGCCCCAGUCCCACUUGCCCCAGCUUCAGCUCCAGCCCCAGUCCCAUCUGCCCCAGCCCAUAUUCAAGCACAGACUCACAAACCAGUGCAAAAUUCACUCCAGGCUACAACACAGACUUCAAAGCAACCUCCACCUUCAAUCAGGCUGCCUUCAGCUCAGACAUCUAAUGGCACAGAUUAUGUAACCACAGGAAAAUCCAUCCAGAACUCUCAAUCCCAUGGUACUCUUACAGCUGAAUUGUGGGAUAACAAGGUGGCCCCACCCACUGUACUGAAUGACAUCUCUAAGAAAUUAGGUCCCAUUAGUCCACCACAGCCACCUUCAGUCAGUGCAUGGAAUAAGCCCUUAACAUCUUUUGGAUCAACUACUGCAUCAGAGGGAACAAAGAAUGGUCAAGAGAGUGGAGUUGAAAUAGGAAUUGACACAAUUCAGUUUGGUGCUCCAGCUUCAAAUGGGAAUGAAAAUGAAGUGGUUCCUGUGCUUUCGGAUAAACCUACUGACAAAAUACCUGAACCCAAAGAACAACGUCAGAAACAACCACGGGCAGGACCUAUAAAAGCCCAGAAGCUUCCAGAUUUGAGUCCAGUAGAAAGCAAAGAACAUAAACCUGGUCCCAUUGGAAAGGAACGUUCCUUAAAAAAUAGAAAAGUAAAAGAUAUCCAGCAGGUGGAGCCAGACGGACAAGAAAAGCCAAGCCCUGCUACAGGGAGAAGCACAGAUUCUGUCACAACGAAGGAAACCAAAACUGUCUCAGAAAUAUCUACCGAAAUAGGAACAAUGAUUUCAGUGUCAUCUGCAGAAUUUGGCACUAAUGCAAAGGAGUCGGUAACAGACUAUACUACACCUUCUUCUUCUCUGCCUAACACUGUGGCUACUAAUAAUGCAUCAAAGAUGGAGGAUACUUUGGUUAAUAAUGUGCCCCUGCCCAAUACCCUUCCCCUCCCUAAGAGGGAGACUCUCCAACAGAGCUCCAGCCUAACUUCAGUUCCUCCCACUACUUUCAGCCUCACCUUCAAGAUGGAGUCUGCACGCAAGGCAUGGGAGAAUUCUCCAAAUGUGAGAGAAAAGGGGUCUCCAGUAACUUCCACAGCACCUCCAAUUGCAAGUGGAGUCAGCAGUAGUGCCAGUGGACAAAGCACUGCUAGUUAUAAUUCAUUCUCAAGUGCAUCGAUGCCUCAGAUUCCUGUAGCCUCAGUCACUCCUACAACAUCAUUAUCAGGAGCUGGUACAUACACUACCUCUUCUUUGAGUACAAAAUCUACAACCACAUCUGACCCUCCUAACAUUUGUAAAGUGAAACCCCAACAGUUACAGACAAGCAGCCUGCCUUCUGCAAGUCAUUUUUCACAGUUAAGCUGUAUGCCUUCCCUUAUUGCUCAGCAGCAACAGAGUCCACAAGUCUACGUGUCUCAGUCUGCAGCAGUAACACAGAUCCCAACUUUCUAUAUGGAUACAAGUCAUUUAUUCAAUACCCAGCAUGCACGAUUGGCUCCACCAUCCUUGGCUCAGCAGCAAGGCUUUCAACCAGGUCUUUCUCAGCCAACUUCAGUUCAGCAGAUUCCAAUCCCUAUUUAUGCACCACUACAAGGACAGCAUCAAGCUCAACUGAGUUUAGGGGCUGGACCUGCUGUUUCCCAAGCUCAGGAAUUAUUUAGUUCUUCACUUCAACCAUAUAGAUCUCAGCCAGCCUUUAUGCAGAGCAGUCUUUCCCAGCCAUCUGUGGUUCUUUCUGGCACUGCAAUCCACAACUUUCCAGCUGUCCAACACCAGGAGCUCGCCAAGGCACAAUCAGGUCUUGCCUUUCAGCAAACUUCAAAUACUCAGCCAAUACCUAUCUUGUAUGAACAUCAGCUGGGUCAGGCAUCAGGACUAGGAGGUUCCCAACUAAUUGAUACUCAUCUUCUCCAGGCUAGAGCGAAUCUUACCCAGGCUUCAAAUCUAUACUCUGGACAAGUACAACAGCCUGGUCAGACAAAUUUUUAUAACACUGCCCAGUCACCGAGUGCUCUUCAGCAGGUUACGGUACCUCUGCCAGCCUCCCAGCUUUCCUUGCCUAACUUUGGAUCUACGGGACAACCUCUGAUUGCUUUGCCUCAGACUCUUCAGCCCCCAUUACAGCAUACCACCCCACAGGCUCAGGCCCAGAGCCUGAGUCGUCCUGCACAAGUAAGCCAGACUUUCAGAGGAUUAAUCCCUGCUGGAACUCAGCAUAGCAUGAUGACAACCACAGGAAAAAUGUCUGAAAUGGAACUAAAAGCUUUUGGAAGUGGUAUUGAUAUUAAACCAGGCACACCUCCAAUUGGCGGCAGAAGCACCACACCAACAUCUAGUCCCUUCCGGGCUACUUCCACAAGUCCAAACAGCCAGUCCAGCAAAAUGAACAGCAUUGUCUAUCAGAAGCAGUUCCAGUCAGCCCCUGCCACUGUGAGAAUGACACAACCAUUUCCUACACAGUUUGCACCCCAGGCAAAGCAGAGAGCAGAGGUUCUUCAGUCCACGCAACGGUUCUUCUCUGAACAGCAACAGAGCAAACAAAUAGGAGGCAAAGCCCAGAAAAUGGACAGUGAUUCAAGUAAACCUCCUGAAACACUGACCGACCCUCCUGGUGUCUGUCAGGAAAAAGUGGAAGAAAAGCCACCCCCUGCAUCCACCAUAGCCACCAAGCCUGUUAGAACUGGACCAAUCAAACCUCAAGCAAUCAAAACCGAAGAAACAAAAUCUUAA